AUGUAUGACAACAUCUCUGAUUUCACAAGAUAUGAUGACGACCAUGAUCCCGAACACGGUGAAGAAGAAGUUUUACAAACAUCCAUUAAGACAGGAAAGGUUUUAACACAAAGUCUCAUUAUUGACACUAAAGAUGGCGAAGUGGACGUUCUUCAAGAGCUGAAGAAAAAUACUUCUUCGGGAGGUGGUGGUAGGCAUGAACUUGAAAUAAAUGAGAUAGAAGAGAAAUUAGCCGAAAAAGCAGAUAAAAACCACGUUCAUUAUAUAACUUCAGACGAACAGAUUAUAACAGACUACCAUGGAUAUUUAACACGAAGUGAUGAAGCGAAGACAAAAAAUGUUAAUGAAAGAAGAUAUAAAUACAUUCGUGCUAAAGGUUAUGACAUAAGCUGUACUGUACAGUAUGAUGUAGCUAAAGCACCAGAAGCAUUUGGUUAUACCGGUGAAAUUUAUGCCUCUACUUUCAAUGUUAACGGUGUAUUAGUUGAACCAAGAUUUACAUUGAGAGUUAAGGCAAAAAUAACGUUUGAAGAUGCUAUUAAAAGUAAAGCUGACAAAGAUGAACUCGAAGCAAUGAACAAAGUUUUGAAAUCUCAUAAACACAACAUCUCCGAUAUAAAUGAACUUCAAGCUACAUUAGACAGUAAAGCCGACAAGAACCAUACACAUAAAUCCUUCACUACUGUUAGAGCAGACGACAUAAUAUUGAACUUUGACCUUGGUUCAAGUGCACCAUUAGAAAAUCCAAGUACAAGCGUAAAAGAUACUCUUAACAAUUUAGAUAAGAGUUGCAGGAAUAUCGAAGAUCAUGCCAGAAACUUUGAAGCAUAUGAACUACCAACAAUGUUAGAUAAGAAAGCCGACAAGAACCAUACACAUAAAUCCUUCACUACUGUUAGAGCAGACGACAUAAUAUUGAACUUUGACCUUGGUUCAAGUGCACCAUUAGAAAAUCCAAGUACAAGCGUAAAAGAUACUCUUAACAAUUUAGAUAAGA